AUGUUGAAGAGGAGAUCCAGAUCGGUAGGCGGCAAGGAGAGCUUCACGAUGCCUGAUUCGAACUCUCCUCAAUCUCCCUCUGCGAGCAAUAACCUCAGCAAGCUCGCUGCUUCCUCCCAUUUGCUCUUCCGGAGCUUCUCCUCCAAGAGGUUCGCAGACAUCGAGGCAGCCGUGAGCCCGACCUCCAUACUCGAGGCCCGGCCCUUCUCCUCCUUCUCCAGCAUCUCAAACUCCGAUAGGCAGACAAAGAAGCCUCCUUUUGACGCCGUCGAGCCCAUCGGCCUUGGCAUAGUCGACGCACUCAAUGGGGAAAAAGCCAGAAAGAACUCCGAGCGCAGAAUGGUCAUCUUUGGGUCGCAAUUGAGUGUUCGGAUUCCCUCCAAUGGCUCUGUCGAGUUUCCGAAUUCUCCAAUCGAGUUCGGGGUCAAGAACAAGGAGUCUCAAUUGGCUCUCUUCUCCCUCGCCCGGAAAUCCUCCGGCCAUGAGGUACCUACCGUCUCUAGGUCUAUCUCCAUGAGUGAGAUGGAGCUCUCGGAAGACUACACUCGUGUGAUCUCACACGGGCCAAAUCCGAAAACCACUCACAUCUUCGGCAAUCGCAUCGUGGCGAGCUGCAGCGAUGAAUCCAGUACGACAAGGAAGGAGAAUUACCAUGACGCUGAUUCCGCAGAUGGAUUUUUGACUUCUUGCCAUGCAUGCAAGAGGAUUCUUGGAGAAGGGAUCGAUAUCUUUAUGUACAGAGGGGAGAAAGCAUUUUGCAGCAUCGAGUGUCGGCAACGCGAGAUCCUUAUCGAUGAAGGUGUCUUCGCGAAUUCCUCACCGGAUUUAUCAUCUUCUAAUGGAGGUAGAAUUAGAAUGUUGUGAUGGAUCAGGCUGUUCAUUGCUGAAAGAGAGACUUGCAAGGAUAGGAUCAAACUGUUUCUUUCCUUUUUGGCUCACAAUUCUCAAGUUAUUAUGAUUUGUGAACCAUUUUUCUGGAUGCUUUUGUGUUGUUGUUCAAGAUAAACUUUCAAUAAAUUAUUGGAAGUGCGAUUAA